UUUUUCUCCCCUCUUCAGGUUAGAGAGAGAGAGAGAGAGGGGGAGAGACAGAUAUACCAGAUGACCGCAAGUUUAGAGGGAGAGAAGAGAGAGUGAGGAGAACAAACACAGAGAGAGAGAGAGCAGACUACAGAGAGAAGAAGAGCGAAAUAUAUAGCCCAUAACUCCUGCACAAUUAUACUAUGCUCCCUUCAAUCUAUGUAUAACUAGGGUUUCGAAGCAGAUAAAUUUCGUUGGUCUCGAAUUAGGGUUUUGAUAACGGCACACAUGCAUAAUCCGUGUUAUGAAUACUAGCGAUUAGUUUUAUGCUGUUUGGCCGACUAAGGCGCAAUUGAUGUGUGCUUUGAUGUUAGUGAGUAUACAGGGCUAGGGUUUGUCUGUCUCUAAUGGGGAGCACAGGUGAACCGGACCGGAAACGACGUCACGUCAGCUCCAUCUCGCCUACAGCUGCUAGUCCUAAAAAACAGCCCUUCUUACCCACAUCUGAAGAUAAAAAGCUGGACACAGCCGUACUUCAAUUUCAAAAUCAAAAGCUUGUUCAGAAGCUAGAAGUUCAGAAGGUUGAAUGUGUUGUUCUUGAGAAUAAAUUUACUCAACUGAGGGAGAAACAAAAGGCGCAUGAUAACACUUUAGUUGUGGUCAAUAAGUCGUGGGAAGAGCUGGUGGGUGACUUGGAAUCAUGUUCCAUCUGCACAAGACGCCCGAUGAGCUGUGUACAAGAUAUUAAACAUCAACCGGUUACAGAGGAUGGUGGUUCAUCUCACUUGGAGGAUGCUUUUCUUAGCCGACUUUUAGAAACAGGUGCGACUGACAGUAGCUGUACAAAUAAUUCCGUGAACCAGAUGGAAGAGGAUGGACAAACAACUGGUGAAAAGACCAAGAACAUAUUAUGCAAUGUAGUAGCUGCCAUUGAUGAACUGUGGUAUUUGAAGGAUGGAUUAUAUACUGCAGUUUUGAAGUCACUUCCAGAAGAUGUUUCAUGCAAGCAAAAGACGUCCACUGAUUUAAAGACAGAAGUUAAGAAUCUGAGAGUGGCACUAGGUGACCUUCAUUUGAAGCACAAAUCAUUAGCAAGGGAAGUGCAGAAUCGUCGAGAUACUGAUGCAAAGGAUAAAGCUGAGCUUAAACGUUUAAGAGGGGAAUUGGAGAUUACCAUUGCAGAAUUAGAAGAAAGUAAUUGUAAAUUGGCAACUCUAAAAGCAGAGAGAGAUGCAGCGAAGGGGGCAGUUUUCCCUGUCUUAAAUUUGGGGAGCAAGCAUGUUUCUGGUGAUAAGGCUAAAGUUAGAGAUAAACAAAAAGAUUUGCAAGAUAUGGAGUCUGCAUUGAAAAAAUUAUUGGACCAAGUCUCAUGUCGCCUGUUGGAACUCAAGCGUCUUCAUGGAGAAAGAAUAGGAAUAUUAAAGCAGUUAUCUAAUUUGCAGAACACUUUGAAGAAUGUGAAGUGUAUAUCCUCUUCCCAAGCCUAUAUCUUGGUAAGAGAUCAACUUUCAAAGUCAAAAGCACAUAUUGUCCAGUAUCAAGCCCUAUUCGAGAAACUACAGGUUGAGAAAGAUAACCUUGCCUGGCGAGAAAAAGAAAUGAAUAUGAAAAAUGAUUUAGUUGACGUUUUCCAUCGAUCUUCUGCAGUUACUAAUUCUAGAAUUACUGAGCUGGGUUCAGAGAUACAGAAACAAAUUAAUGAAAGAAAUCUGAUUGAAACUAAGUUAGAACAAGCAUCAAAAGAACCUGGUAGGAAGGAAAUCAUUGCAGAGUUUAAAGCUUUGGUUUCUUCAUUUCCGGAGGAUAUGAGCAGUAUGCAAAGUCAACUAAGUAAAUACAAAGAUGCUGCUUCCGACAUUCAUUCUCUGCGGGCUGAUGUCGAGUCUCUUUCCAGUGUUCUCGAUAGGAAGGCUAAAGAGUUGGAAACUCUGUCUGCUAGAUCAUCUGACCAAGUUGCCGAAAUGAAGAAGUUGCAUGCUGUGGCUAAUGAUUUGAAGGAGAGUGAUCUGGAGUUGAAGCUCAUUCUUGAAAUGUAUAGACGUGAGUCCACUGAUUCGAGGGAUGUCUUAGAAGCGAGGAAUUCUGAAUGCAAAGCCUGGGCUCAUGUUCAGAGCUUGAAGUCCUCUCUCGAUGAACACAACUUGGAAUUCCGAGUUAAAACAGCAAUUGAAGCUGAGGCUGUUUCCCAGCAAAGGCUGGCUGCGGCAGAAGCAGAGAUUGCCAAUCUGAGACAGAGACUGGAAGCUUCUAAAAGAGAGAAGUCAAGACUGUCUGAUUCUCUGAAAUCCAAACACGAGGAAAAUGAAGCCUACCUAUCUGAGAUAGAGACUAUUGGGCAGGCAUAUGAUGAUAUGCAAACUCAAAACCAGCACCUUUUGCAGCAAAUCACUGAGAGAGAUGAUUAUAACAUCAAGCUUGUUUUAGAGGGAGUGCGAGCAAGACAGCUACGUGAUGCUCUACUCAUGGACAAACAAACCUUGGAGAAGGCAAUUCAGCAGACCAAUACGUCUUUGGUUUUUUAUGACAUGAAAGCUGCAAGAAUUGAAGAUCAGUUAAAUAAGUGCUCAGACCAAGUCCAGAAACUUGCAGAAGAUAGGUUUCAAAAUUCAGCUACUUUGGAAAAUACACAAAAGAAAUUAUUGGAUGUGAGAAAAUCAUCUCAGCAGCUGAUGUGGUCAUUGGAGGAAUCACAGUCCAAAGUCGAUAAAAAUCGAGUGGGUCUUGCAGAGUUACAGAUAGAGUUAGAGAAAGAGAGGUUUGAGAAGAAAAGAAUAGAGGAGGAAUUGGAAGUUGUGCGUAGAAAGGCUUCACGUCUAAGAACACACACAGAGGGGUCAUCAAUAGUUGAAAAGCUUCAACAGGAACUCAACGAGUACAGGGAAAUACUUAAGUGCAGUAUUUGCCUUGACAAGCCAAAAGAGGUCGUCAUCACAAAAUGCUACCACCUCUUUUGCAAUCCUUGUGUUCAAAAAAUUAUCGAAACUCGCCAUCGCAAGUGCCCAGCUUGUGGAGCAAGUUUUGGGGCUAAUGAUGUCAAGCCUGUUUACAUAUGAUGAUCAGAACCUGGAUAAACUCUCUUUUGCCUGUCAAGGAGACUUGGAGAGCCUCUUGCAUCUGGCUCAGGACUCGUGGUUCAAGUGCUCACAGGUUCACAUGUAUUCUUAUAUUAGUGAAGCCUCCUGUUGAUCCAAGUCAAAUUUCUUGUUUUAGGAGGUUGAUUUCACAUAGUUCCUCAAGUUUAAUGUAUUUAUUAUGUUUCUUUUUUCGGUGUAAAUGGUUGGAGAAUGGGGAUCUUUCAAUUUAUUAUUUGCAUUUUUUUUUUUAUCAUAAUCAAUCCAGUGGUAGGCCUUGAAAGACCAAGUAAUGAAUAAAUUUUGUUUUUUUGGAUGAUAAUCCUGAAAAAGAUGUCCUGGUGUAUUAAAUCGAAUGGACAUUUUUGAUUGUAAUAGGAAGGAUUUUCUUUUAUAUCCUUUUAACAAA